AUGUCUGGACGAGGAAAAGGAAAGACCGGUAAGAAGGCCAUGAGCCGCUCCGCCAAGGCGGGCCUUCAAUUCCCGGUCGGUCGCGUCGCUCGCUACCUGAAGCAAGGCAAGUACGCCACGCGCGUGGGCGCCGGCGCGCCGGUGUACCUGGCGGCGGUCUUGGAGUACCUCGCCGCGGAAGUUCUCGAACUCGCCGGUAACGCGAGCCGUGACAACAAGAAGUCGCGCAUCGUCCCGCGCCACAUCCAGUUGGCGAUCCGCAACGACGAGGAACUGUCCAAGCUCCUCGGCACGGUGACCAUCGCGAGCGGCGGCGUCUUGCCGAACAUCCACUCCGUCUUGUUGCCGAAGAAGUCGAAGAAGUAA